UUGAAGGAGGGGAGGAGUCAAGCUAGGGUAGGAGCAGCUGGAGUUCCACACUUCGUCGUCUCUUCUCGGAAAAAAAAAACGCGCACGAAACGCAACGACAUCGCCAAUGUGACGCGCGGCACGCACUCUUCUGCUUCUUCUUCUUUCUUUUUUUUUUUGGCGCGUCCACACACUUUUGGUGGAAGGCUGCGGUGGACGCUUGUUUGUCCGACGGCCCUCGAACGCAGCAAAGGCGCCCAAAGAAGAAGAAGACACGAAAGAAGAAGAAAGAUCGGAGGAAGAAGUAAGAGGAGAAAGUGGAGGAGGAGAAACAAAUCUGCUCGCGCCGUUUGGAAGUUGUAGUGUGGGAAAGGGAGAAAGAAACGAGGAAGAAGACGAAGAGGUCCCGGGCUCCUCCAGAGGCGCAUCUGCACCCCACCUGAAGAGGGAGGCCCCCCCCCAAAAAAAGUGCCAGAAAGACACUCAAUUAUCCCGUCUCCAUGCGGUGCUGAGGAAUGAGCAUUCACCAUGGAAACCCAAACCCAGGCCAACUCCGCAGCUGAGAAGAAGAAGAGGGUGGAGACCAUCGUGGCGACCAAGGGCUCGUCGGCACGCAAUGACAUCAGCGAGAAGGCGGUGGCCUCCAGCACCACUUCCAACGAGGACGAGAGCUCGGCCCCGCCGUACCACCGCGAGAGGCGCAACGCCCUGAGCUCGGAUCGCGGCGUGACCGAAGAGCCGUCCACGUCCACCGAGGAACGGCCUUCGCCGCUCAAGAAGGAGCUGCCCGGCUCGCUGCCCCACCUGGCCGAUCACGCCCUUCCCUACCGAGGGACCCUCUUUGCCAUGGACCCCCGUAACGGCUACCUGGACUCGCACUACCCCGCCCCGCAGUUCUUCCCGGCCUUUCAUCCUCCGGUGCCCAUCGACGACAGACACGCGCAAGGUCGCUACAUCUACGAGCCUUCUCCUGUGCCCCCUCUCCACGUGCCUCCGGCGCUGGCGGGCAGUCCGGCCUUCUCGGACAUCUCCCUCAUCCGCAUCUCGCCGCAGCGGAACCCCUCCGUGGGGGCCGAGUCUCCGUUCCACCCGUCGCACGCGUACAUCAACCCCUACGUGGACUACCUGCGCUCCCUGCAGCCCCUUGCCAGCCCUUCCAUCUCCGUGCUGUCGGCCACCCGAGGCCUCAGCCCCGCCGACGCCCACCACGCCGGCCUCACGCCCUCCGAGUACUACCACCAGAUGGCCCUGCUGGCAGGCCACCGCAGCCCCUACUCGGCCGACCUGCUCCCAUCCGUGGCCACCUCGGCCGGUGCGGGCGCCGCCGGCGCCCUGCACAUGGAGUACCUGCAGGCCAUGGACAGUUCUCGCUUCCCGAGCCCCAGAGUGCCGUCACGGCCCAGCAGGAAGCGACCGCUGCCCAUCUCGCCGCUGUCGGAGCACAGCUUCGACCUGCAGACCAUGAUCCGCAACUCACCCAACUCACUGGUAACCAUGCUCAACAACUCCCGCUCCAGCUCGUCCACCAGCGGCUCCUACGGACAUCUGUCAGCCGGAGCUAUCAGCCCCGCGUUGAGUUUCGCCUACCCGCCCACGCCGGUGGCCCUGCACAUGCACCAGCAGCUGAUGGGCCGCCAGCCAGCCAUGGUGGGCUCCGCCUUCGGUCACAGCCCGCCGCUCAUCCACCCGACGCCGGCCUUCGCCACCCAGAGGCCCGUGUCCGGCUUCACCGCCGCCGCAGCCGGCGCGGCCGGGCUGGCCGCCGCUGAGCGCUCGACCGUCUCGGGUGACUCGGCGCAGUUGAAACCCACCAGCGAGUCCGCGGUGAGCAGCACGGGCGACCCGAUGCACCACAAGCGCUCCAAGAUGAAGCCAGAGGAGGAGAUGCCCAGCCCGCGGCUGCUCAGCAUUCAGCAGGAUCACCCCGACGGCAUGACGCUGGUCAAGGAGGAAGGCGACAAGGACGAAGGCAAACAGGAGCCCGAGGUGGUCUACGAGACCAACUGCCACUGGGAGAACUGCUGCCGCGAGUUCGAUACCCAGGAUCAGCUCGUGCAGCACAUCAACAACGACCACAUCCACGGCGAGAAGAAGGAGUUUGUGUGUCGCUGGGAAGAAUGCUCCAGGGAGCAGAAGCCCUUCAAGGCCCAGUACAUGCUGGUGGUCCACAUGCGGCGGCACACCGGCGAAAAGCCUCACAAGUGCACGUUUGAGGGCUGCGCCAAGGCUUAUUCCCGUCUGGAGAAUCUCAAGACUCACUUGCGCUCCCACACGGGCGAGAAGCCGUACGUGUGCGAGCACGAAGGCUGCAACAAGGCCUUCUCCAACGCAUCGGACCGAGCCAAGCAUCAAAACCGCACGCACUCAAACGAGAAACCCUACGUGUGCAAGAUCCCCGGCUGCACCAAGCGCUACACGGACCCCAGCUCCCUGCGCAAGCACGUGAAGACGGUGCACGGGCCCGAAGCGCACGUCACCAAGAAGCAGCGGGGCGACUACCCGCGGCCCCCCGCGCAGCCCCGCGAGCCGGGCGCCAACGGCCAGGGACACUCGCCGGGGCAGCUGGGCCUGGGCGGCUACGCGGACCAAAGGGAGUAUAGCAACCACGUUACCUCUAAGCAGGACGACUGUCUGCAGGUCAAGUCCAUCAAGACGGAGAAGCCCAUGACGUCUCAGCCAAGCCCUGGCGGUCAGUCUACAUGCAGCAGUGACCAGUCCCCCGUCAGCGUCUAUCCCAGCGGUGGAGUCCAGCUUACUGUGAGCGCCGGACGCUCGCCAGGGGAGGGGCCGGACGAGGAGGACGAGGAGGAGGACGAGGCGGAGGCUGGUCGGCGGGACGGGCCGGCGCCCGUCAUGGACUCCACCGUCUCUACGGCGACGGCGGCUGCGCUGACCUUGCGGGCGAGACGUGGCGUGGGCCGCCCCCUGCGCUGGCUGGAGCACUUGAAGAGGGAGAGGCUGAAGCAGGUGAACGGGCCGAUGCCUGGCCCGGGGCCCCUGACUCCCCCGCCGCCCCCCAAGGGGUCCGUGCUCACCGGCAUCCAGGCCAAGGGAUGCUGUCUGGGCAAACAGUGGGUGUCGGCCGCUCCUCAGCCCCCACCUCCCCCCGAACUGGGCGGCACGACCGAGUUAACGGUGCUCAACUUGCUGCGGGACCGGCGCGACAGCAGCGGGAGCGCCGCCAGCUCGGCCUACCUGAGCAGCAGCCGGCGUUCCUCGGGCAUCUCGCCGUGCUUCUCCAGCCGCCGCUCGAGCCAGACGUCACAGAGCGACGGUGCUGCGGCUGCCCUCCACCACCGCCGCCGCCACAACCUCAGCUCCACCGACUCGUAUGACCCCAUCUCCACCGACGCCUCCCGCCGCUCCAGCGAAGCCAGCCACUACGGCGGCGGGGUGGCGGCAAGCAGUGGCGCACUUUCAGGCGGUGUUUGUGGAGGCACGGGGGGUAACGGUGACCUAGGGGGCUCCCGAGGGAUGCUCACCUUAACCCCCGCUCAGCACUACCACCUGAAGGCCAAGUACGCCGCGGCCACCGGUGGCCCGCCGCCCACGCCACUACCCAACAUGGAGCGCAUGAGCCUCAAGGCCCGCAUGGCCAUGAUGGACGAAGGCGGCACCAACCAGCCUUUGCCGCCCCUCGCCGGUCCGCACCGGUGCUCUGAGACCACCAAUGGCUUUGUGGGACAUUCGUCCUGCAGGAGGAGGGUCUUCUACCCGGGUGAGGGACCCGCGGCAGGCAACCGGAGGGCCAGCGACCCGGUGCGGACGAAGCCUUCCGGCGUUUGCGUUCUGCCCCCUGUGCAGCGUUUCAACAGCCUGAGCAACCUCCACCCUCUUCCGCCUCUAAACCAGCAGCCGUCGCCGCCCCUUGACGUGCGCACUCUGAGCUUGCAGAAUUACACUCGCUCCGAGGGUAACCUACAGAGGGGCUUACAGCAGCCCGCGUACACCCCAAGCAUCGCGGAGCACGCCGCUUUGGAAGCUCUGGCCAUGGAGGGUGACGGGGAGCCGUACUCGCUACUCGGGGAUGAAGAUAUACUUCCAGAUGACAUGGUGCAGUAUCUCCGCUCCCAAGUCCAGGCAGACGGUGGACCAUACGUGCACAUCGAGGACCAGAUCAUCUCCGGCGAAAGAGAGAGCUUGCAACGCCCGAUAGAGGGAACGGAGGGGGCGAACUUCCAGGCCAACCGCUGCCUCCAACAGCAGCAGAUGGUCCCAAGAAGGAGCCCCAACUUGCUUCCCAUACAGUGGAACGAAGUUAGCUCUGGUAGCGCCGACCGCUCUCCACAGCGGGAUCGCAACUGCGCAAGGUGGUCCGGCGGGCAGGCCUCAUCGGAGCCUUUCGGCAGGUUCGGAAACAUGGUGGUGCAGCAGAAUGCGCUGCUGGGUUUCCACAGCAGUUGCUCCCAGGCCGACCAGGCGCAAGGCCCUGCUGCGGUGAAGCUUGAGACGUCCCCCAACUCGUGCAUGGAGUCGAGAGGAACCGCCCUCAACGGCUUGCCCCGACCUCCCUUCCCCAAGUCCUCUGACGGACCUCUUCCAUACCAAGCUUCCAGAAUGCAAAACCACUUCCAGCAGAACCUCAACAGCAGAUUCUCCAGCCACACCAUAACUCGGCCCUCCAUAGACAAUCUCCAAAGCUUCUCCCAAGAUAAAGUCCAUCAUCCCACUCAGCAAGGCCCACGCCCGCCCGUCAAUACUUACCGGAACUUGAUGAGAAACCACCUUCUACCCAGAAGCUGCACUGAAAUCCCGGAGCAACAACACAAUGGUGGGAGCCUCUGUUCCCUGAAACUGGAGGCUCCAGAACAUGGAUACUUCCAACAAGUCUUCGAUGAUCCCAUUUCCUUCCAGCAAACAGAUCCCAAGGUAGCCUCAUUCUCCACCGUAGAAGACCACUACUUGCUGGACUCCUUAGAUGGCGGCAGCGGUCCAGGCGACUCCAUCUCCCUCCUGUCUCCCGCCUCCGAUCAAGUGACCAGUACCGUAGAGGGUGGGACAGUAGACGGCGGGAUCGUGCCCACGGCGACGUUGGACGACGGCGUCCCUUUGGACUUUGGCGCCAUGAUGGAGGAUGGUUUCGACCAAGGCAGCCUGGUAUCGGGCCCGUUGAGCCCUUCCAUUUUCCAGGGUCUGUCCAGAACCUCGUCGCGGCUGACCACCCCUCGUGCGUCGGCCACCUUCCCGGCCGUGGUGGCCCCCGGCGUCAACAACAUGGCCAUCGGUGACAUGAGCUCCCUACUCAGCAGCCUCGCAGAGGAGAGCAAGUUCCUCGCCAUUAUCCAGUAGUCCCCCCCUCUCUUCUUGACUUUCUCCUCUUAGGAAAAAAAAAAGGUGUAUGUGAAGGCAUAUAAAUGGAACGAAAAUGAGGUAUAAAUUAAGAAAGGUUCUUUUCCAAUUUUUGGGAAUGAAGGCUGUUUUCCCAGCCCUGUCUUUGUAUGACAAUGUGACUUCACUUCUUCAACAGUAUUCUCGCGUAUUGUCACUGUUUUUGCUGUACACACCGUCGGCAAGAAAAAAAAAAACAACAUAUGAAGCCGAAAAACACAUUCAAACGGAAACCUUUGUCCUUAUAAGCCACUAAUUCCUGAUCCACCCAGUCAUCGCCAAACCAAAAUGCCAGACUUGCUUUGUCUUUUCAGGCUCAUGAUAGAAAUGCCCACCAACUCUUUUGUUGAAAAGUGAAACUGGCUCCGGGGGCUGAAUUAUUAUUAUUAUUAUUCUUUUUUUUUUCUAGGCUUCUUGGAAAUAGCCAAAGUGACCCUCGACUAGCAGCUUCAAUUCACGCCAAAACAAAAAAGCUUUCCUGUGUCUUUUGAGGCAUUGCUUCCUAAGACUUUUUUUUUUUCUGUGGGUCGUCUGAUGAUCAACAUGUCGACUAUGUACUUUUUAAGUUUCUCAGUCAAACUGGGUUCGGUGGCUGCAAUUUCUUUGGAAGCCCUUGGAAAGAGCCAAAAUGACUCUAAAAUGGAUGCUUUUAUUCAAACCAAAAUGACAUGAUGAUUGAUGAUGGCUUCUUUUUGGGCAUUGUUUAUUGAGACUUUUUUUUUGUGGGGGUCUAUUCAUGAUAGAUGCACCAACCAAAUUUUACCUUGCAAAGUUAAACUGGCUUUGAGGGCUGUAUUGUAAAUAGUCAAAAUGAUCCUGAAAUGGCAGCUUCAAUCCAAACCAAAAUUGCAGACGGCGUGCAUCUUCCCCGGGGGGCUACUCACGAUCAACGUUUCUACCAAAUUUCAAAUUGAUUGGUGAAACUAUAGCUUCAGUGGCUGGAUUUUCAAGUAUUUAUUCGCUGGUUGCGUCAUGUUUUGACAAAUUCAGGAAGGCUUUUUCAUGGCCCGUGAUGGGGGAAAAGAGAGAUAAAAAGUUUCCCAGGCCAAGAUUUCCUCUCAGUGUUUCGAUCAGGUGAUGUUUUUACGCAUAAGUACAGAGGAGAAAAAAAAUUGCAUCAGAAAACAAGCCUAAAACAAUCAAGUAUUAUGAUUGAAUUUGUCUGGUGCGGUACACCAGUGUAUAUAAUGUAACAGUGUUUUUAUAUUCUCCUUUUUCAGGUGCUUACUCACAUACGUAACUUUUGUCUUAAUGGACGCUGACGCUGGUCCAACAGCACAUGAUUAUUUUUUUUUAAAUGCUGUACAGUGAUGUGUUUGAUUUUGUAUGAUAUUGUCUUCUCGAGAGCUCUUAAAUGCUGAAUGUGUACCGCCGUCAAGUAUUACAGAGACGUCGUCGCCAGUGUUAAGUCUUAUUGCUGCGUUGCCUUUUAUUUUUCAUUUUUCAAUUGUAUGCGUGUGCACAAUAUCAAAAGUAGUUUAGCGUCAAAGCAAUGAGGUACAAUCCUUGUUUUGGGUACUUUUUUUUUUGGAACAGGUCACUGACAUUUUUUCUUUUGUUUGUAAUGAAUAAUGGAAAAAAACUAAUUCCCUUCAGAGGAGGAAAUUGCAUUGAGGUAUGUGCCUUAUACGUUUUCAGUAAAGAGAAGACACACUGCCGAUUUUCCAUUGUGAAUAAUGAAGAACAAAAAAUAAAUAAACAUCAAAAAGAACAGAACAUUUAUAUAAAAAAUAUCCAGUAACAGGAAAAAUCCAGAACAUUAUAUUAAAAAUGUCCAGUAAUGGGAAAAGUCCAGAUCAUUUUUAUUAAAAAUGUCCAGUGAUGGGAAAAGUCUAGAUUUGUCAAAUUCAUUCUCAUUUCAUUUUGUUGCCACAAUAAAGGGUGUUAUAUAUAUAUAUAACACACAAAUCUAUAAAAAAUGUCCCUAUGUUACGCUUUGUGUAGGAAAAAAAGGGGAAAAACACAUCCAGGGGCGUCCUGGCCCCACGCUGGAUGGGGCGGGCCUCCCUCAUCAGCCCACCUAGCCAAUGAGAGGGGCCACUCGCUUGCUCGGCUCUUUUUUUAACUUGACUCCAAAUGUUUGUAUUGUUUUUAAUAAACAUGGAAAUUGUAUUUGA